AUUCGCUCAAAACAGGAGCAGCAUCUACCGUGAGCACAUGGAUGCGAGCGAAAACGGCUAGUGGAAAUAUUUCAUCUGUUUUUGUAUUCCUAUUUUAUUCGGCAGCAAACUGAUGCAGUGCUGUCGGACGGACGGCGCAAGCAGGAUGCGCAGAAAAACCAGGCAAGAUAAAGGACAAAGAGAAACCAGCCGUGAACUAUCCAUCUGAGGCAUGACUGAUAUUUAAAGGGCCAGCGCUGUUUCCUGCAGGCGCUGACCGACUCUCUCCUGUUCUCUCCCCGUGACGUCACGAGGGAUUUCGACGUUUCUCCCCCGCUGCUGCAAAACACGUGGGUCCUUAUGAGCGACCCUCAUAUACGGUUAGUCGUGGUCCUCUGAGCUUUGGAAGACGGUUGAACAGAUAUGGCAGACAGGGUGCAGGGGCUGCCGUACUUCUUCGGCAACAUCACACGAGAGGAGACGGAGGAGUACCUUCGGCAGGGAGGAGCCGGGGACGGCCUGUACCUGCUGCGCCAGAGCCGCAGCUUCCUCGGCGGAUUCGCUCUGUCCGUGGCCUACGGCCGGCAGUUCUACCACUACACCAUCGAGAGAGAGAUGAACGACACGUACGCCAUCGCCGGCGGAAAAUCCCACAGAACCCCAAUAGAUGUGAUCGACUACCACUCGCAGGAGUCCGACGGGCUCGUCUGCCUGCUGAAGAAGCCUUUCAGCCGGCCCCGGGGCACUGAGCCUAAAGUCGGGCCCUUUGAGGACCUCAAGGAGCAGCUCAUCCGGCAGUACGUCAAACAAACCUGGAACCUACAGGGUUCGGCUCUGGAGCAGGCUAUCAUCAGCCAGAGGCCUCAGUUGGAGAAACUCAUAGCCACAACGGCUCAUGAGAAGAUGCCGUGGUUCCAUGGCAAGAUCGAGCGUGAGGACUCAGAGCUGCGGCUGCUCGAGAGCUCACACAUCAAUGGCAAAUUCCUAAUCAGACAAAGAGAAAACAAUGGCAGAAAUGUGUCCUAUGCUCUGUGUCUCCUGCAUAAUAACCAAGUCAUGCACUAUCGCAUUGAUAAAGACAAGGCUGGCAAACUCUCCAUUCCUGACGGGAAGAAGUUCGACACACUUUGGCAGCUGGUAGAACAUUAUUCGUACAAGCCCGACGGCCUGCUCCGAGUGCUCACCGAGACCUGCCCGAGACCGCCACAGAGUUCGCUCCUAGGUGCCACAGGUGGGAUUCUCUCCAGAAUCAAAUCAUACUCCUUCCCCAAACCUGGCCAAAAAAAGGUUCAUAGCGAAAAUCCAUAUAACUUCAGAUCAAACAUCAGAGGUGAACUUCCUAAGCCUAAUAUCUUCAACACAGAGGCUAUGCCAAUGGACACGCAGGUGUAUGAGAGUCCAUAUGCAGAUCCUGAAGAGUUGCGCUCAACGACAGUGAAGCGAAGCGACCUGACUCUGGAAGAUGGAGAGCUGGGCUCAGGCAACUUCGGCACUGUCUUGAGAGGAGUCUACCAGAUGAAAAAGACACAGAAAGUUGUUGCUGUUAAGAUCCUGAAGAACGACGAUAAUAACACUGCGGUGAAAGACGAGAUGCUGCGGGAAGCAAACGUCAUGCAGCAGCUGGAUAACCCGUACAUCGUUCGCAUGAUUGGCAUCUGUGAAGCCGAGAACCUCAUGCUGGUCAUGGAGCUCGCUGAGCUGGGGCCCCUGCAUAAGUUCCUCCAAAAGAACAAACACAUCAAUGUGAAGAACAUCACAGAGCUGGUUCAUCAGGUCUCUAUGGGAAUGAAAUAUCUGGAAGAGCACAACUUUGUUCACAGAGAUCUUGCAGCCAGGAACGUGCUUUUGGUCACUCAGCACUAUGCCAAGAUCAGCGACUUCGGACUCUCUAAAGCCCUGACGGAAGAAGAGAACUAUUACAAGGCCAAAGGUCAUGGUAAAUGGCCGCUGAAAUGGUACGCUCCGGAGUGCAUGAACUACCUGAAGUUCUCGUCCAAGAGCGACGUGUGGAGCUUUGGAGUCCUGAUGUGGGAGGCCUUUUCAUACGGACAGAAACCGUACAAGGGUAUGAAAGGAAAUGAAGUCAUCCAAAUGAUCGAGAGCGGAGAGAGAAUGUCCGCUCCAGUCGACUGCCCGGCUGAGAUGUACGACCUCAUGAGGAAAUGCUGGACAUACAAGCCUGACGAGAGACCUGGAUUUUCAGUAGUUGAACCCAGAUUGCGGCAUUACUAUUAUGACAUAUCUCAGUGAUGAGCAAACAUGUACAAUUAUACAAUACAGUAUUUCAAAACGGUCGGUCAGGUGGUAAAGCGAUUUUUCAGUUAUAUUUGUUAUUGUUUUCCCCCCUGCGUCAUUGGUGCAAAUGAUUGACAGUAUUUUGUUUUUAAUCAUUUAAAGCAAUAACUCCUCUUGCAGUUUUUGUACUUACCAAGCUAUUUUUGUUAGAAACUGUACAAAUUAAACGUGUUGAUUUUGUUUCUAAAAGCAUGUUUAGAGAGAACAUCAGUGUUUCGUGUUUGAAGCCAAGUCAGUAUUUUAUGUAACAGCCAGACAUCUACAGUAUUUCCAUUCCUUUCUCUCACAUUUACCGGGUUUUUGUCUUCAGCUUAGUGCCAAAUUCUAUUUUUUUAACAUUGAGUGUAUGAUUAAACGUUUUGUGUUUGAACAUGCUGGUAUGUUUACCUCUUAUGAUCAGGUAUAAUUUGCAUGUCAUCUAUGACAGACUAAGCAGGGUCUUCUUUUAUGGUUAGUUUUCUCCGCGUUUAUGCUGUGUUUCAGCUUGAUUCAGUCGCUCCAGACUUUGUGCAAAUAACUGAUAACUGAACAGAAUUGCAUGACACAUUGAAAUCUUGCUCUUCCUAUUUAAUGAGACUGAUAAAUCAUACUGAGCGAACUAAAAAUGUAUGGCUGCAAUACGAUUGUCGAAAAAAGCUUUCAAAAGAAAUAAAGUAAUUUGAAAUAAA